AUGCCGAUCAGCGAAGACUCGGACCAGAGUGAUGAGUACGUUGAGGGGCAAGAUUGGAGCCCAUCGCAUGACAAGCGAAAAAAACACUUCCACAACGCUAGUAAGGUCUUUUUGAUCAUCGGGAAGCAAUCAAAGGAUAUGGACUUGCUUGAGCGCACACGAGAGCUGGCCGCUUCAAUACGAGAUGGUAGUGGGGCUGUGAUCUACAUUGAUUCAGCUCCCCUCGACGGACAGAAUGAGCACAUUGAUCUCCAGCUACAGGGUGAUGUUGAUGACGUUCUUGGUGAUAUCCUCCAAGAAAUUGAUCGAAGCUCUGGACAGAUGCGGGAGCCGGGAUUGGAUAUCUCGGAUGAUGACAUGUGGUGCGACUUGGCUACAGCUUCUUGA